AUGGGAGACCAAACCCCAUGCGAGAAGUUGUGCCUAGGGCUCAAGAAAGUUAAACCCUACUUGGCUAUGGUCUCUCUUCAAUUUGGAUAUGCUGGAAUGUACAUCAUCAGCAUGGUUUCUUUCAAACAUGGGAUGAGCCAUUACAUACUAGCAACGUACCGUCAUGUAGUUGCUACGAUUGUUAUUGCACCUUUUGCCUUUGUUCUUGAAAGGAAAAUAAGGCCAAAGUUGACGCUCCCAAUUUUCCUGAGGAUAAUGGUGCUUGGUUUUCUUGAGCCAGUGCUUGAUCAAAAUUUGUAUUAUUUGGGAAUGAAGUACACGUCGGCUACAUUUGCAUCUGCUACAGUGAAUGCCCUCCCAGCCAUAACCUUUCUAAUGGCUCUCAUUUUCAGGUUGGAGACAGUGAACUUUAAGAAGCUACAUAGCGCAGCCAAGGCCAUCGGAACGGCUGUCACGGUCACAGGAGCGAUGGUUAUGACCUUGUACAAAGGUCCAAUCAUAGAUUUUGUAAGAUCACACGGAGCAGCUCACCAUGGAACAAGCAAUGAAUCAGGUAAUCAACAUUGGCUUACUGGAACACUGAUGCUCCUAGGCAGUUGCUGUGGUUGGUCAGGUUUCUUCAUAUUGCAAUCCUUUACUUUGAAGAAAUACCCAGCAGAGCUUUCUCUCACAGCAUUGAUAUGCAUGAUGGGCAUGGUGGAAGGUGCAGCAGUGUCACUUGUUAUGGAACGUGACAUGAGUGCCUGGAAAAUAGGCUUUGACUCUCGGCUUGUUGCUGCUGUUUACUCUGGAGUGGUUUGUUCUGGAAUUGCAUAUUAUGUGCAAGGGAUGGUAAUAAGGACACGAGGCCCUGUCUUUGUAACUUCUUUUAGCCCUCUUUGCAUGAUCAUCACGGCAGCUCUUGGAUUGAUUGUUCUAGCGGAGCAAGUCCACCUUGGAAGUAUAAUGGGAGCAAUUCUAAUAGUUUUUGGACUUUACACCGUGGUGUGGGGUAAAAGCAAGGAUAUGAUAAACGCAUCAACAUUGGAAUUGACAGAUGAGAAAACUGGAACCCAAGAAUUGCCAAUCAAAGAUACUACUAAGCUAUCAUCAAUUAAUUUUGGAAAUAGCAUCGAAGGACCUGAUGAUGGAAUGUCGAAGAUUCCGCCCAAAUCUUGA